AUGCAACGAUCCGAUUCUCCACUCUCUGUGAAAGAUGCCAAUGGCCGACAAAUUAGCCUUUUGAACAACAACAGCAGCAGCAACAAUAAUGCCAUUGUUAACAAUGCUCGAUCUCGUCAAUCCAUGUCACGACGCAAGUAUCAUUGCACUGCCCCAGGCUGUGACAAGAGCUUCACUACAAGUGGUCACUUGGCACGCCACAAUCGCAUCCAUACUGGGGAGAAAAACUUCCAUUGUCUUUAUCCAGGAUGUCCAUCUCGCUUCUCACGUCAGGAUAACAUGAUGCAACAUUAUCGCACGCAUCUAUCACCACGAUCACGACGUAACAAUCAGCUGAUGCGUAGUAGACAAAGAACCAUCACCCCUCCACCACAUCCAAUGGCUCAUCAUCAACAUGGUUCUCCAUAUGAGAUUAAGCGUCGUACUCCAACAUACGAGAAUGUACCUUCUGCUGCAGCUGUUAACAGUUAUUACUAUACCUCGCCGCUCAAUUCGCCAAGCGAAGAGUUGUCUACACCUGUGCUUCCACAACUUCAGCAACCCCAUUACCAUCAUCGUUGUCAUUCAACACCAGAAGGUGCUACCAACAAUAUCAAGUUGCCACCACUUGAACCAUCACCUCCUGCUGCUCUUAUGACAUCGCCAUCAUCGACAUCAUCGUCUUUUUUAUGCCCAACGCCUCCUCUUUCACCUCCAGCAUCAGCCAAAUCCUCCAUUCUUCUUCCACCUGUGAGAUCGCUCGAUCGCUUCCCACUCCCCACGUCGACGACGACCACUUACCACCACCACCAUCAAUUCGUUAGCAUUGUCAGCUAA